AUGAUCAUCUGUACUUUCAAUGCACGUACACUAGCAACAGAUGCAUCCAUCGAGGACCGGAUGGUACAAGCGCGAAUGAUCAAGUACGACAUCAUUGGUCUGACCGAGACAAGAAGGCACGAAUCUCACCAUGCCGUUUUCGACACAGGAGAAGAAUUGUUCCUCGGAACAUGCAAUAAAAGAGGUGUUGGAGGCGUCAGUGUCCUUGUCAACACAAACUUGGCCAAGAGCAUUGAUGCAUUCGAAUGCCUAACAAACCGAAUCAGACGUUUACAUUUGAAUAGAUGUGGCUCACUGCCUGCAGUUUCUAUCUUCGUUGUCUAUGCACCAACAUCUCAUUAUGAUGAAAGAGAAAUCGAGAAGUUCUACAUGGAGCUAGAGAAGUUCUAUAAAGAAGACCACACCUUCUACAAGAUCAUUGUGGGUGAUUUUAAUGCCAAGAUAGGACCGAGAAGAUCAGCUGAAGAACUUCACAUUGGGACCCAUGGCCUAGAAUGGAACGAACAGGGUGAGAGACUGUCUGAGUUCAUCAUGUCAACCAAGACCAUUCAUGGUAACUCACAGUUCCAGAAGGCAGAAUCUAAACGAUGGACAUGGGAGUCUCCCGGUGGACGAUUCCACAACGAAAUAGACCACAUCAUAUUCAAUCGACGGUUUUGCCUGACUGAUGUCGCUGUUAUCCCAAAAUUUCGAACGGGAUUGGACCACCGUUUCCUUCGUGCAAAAUUCUACUUCACAGAGUGGGGAGAAAGGGCUGCAAAGUUCAAAAAGAGAAAUCCCAGAAUGACCACCAACUGGGAACUCUUUGGUACUAUUGCGGCAACAUGGGAAGAUGCCAUUGUUGACAACAUUGACAAGGAAUACGAUCGACUGGUUCAGCACCUCCAUGAAUGUGCGAGGAACGCCAAGAGAGAGAUAGCCACAAAAAAUCGCCUAUCUUCGAAAACUCUUGAGCUAAUUCACCAGCGUGGUUUGGCGCAUGCCUCAGGCAACCGCAAGCUAACGUCCGAGCUCGCAAAGCAGUGCAGAGAUGCGAUCAAGGAAGACCUCAAAGAAAGAAGAGCAGAAGUACUGGUAGAUGCAGCAGAAGCCGGGAAAAGUAUUCGUAACGCCCGCCUGUCCUUCGCCAACUACAAGACCAAGAUGACUGCCCUCCAAUGUCCUGAUGGAUCCAUCACAUCCUCCAGAACGGCAAUGGAGAAGAUUAUUCAUGACUUCUAUGCAAAUCUCUUCGAUAGCCAUGUCCACUUGCCGACAUACCAAAUUCCACAGGAUGGAUAUGUCGUUCCCAAAGUUCUCCCUUCUGAAAUCCAACACGCCAUUUCGUCUGCAAAGAAACAAACAGCACCCGGCCCAGACAAGGUCAGACCUGAACACCUGAAGAACCUGCCGUCAAACCUCUGGCUCCGGGCACAUCUCUUUGAUUCCACUGUUCUUCCUGCAUUAACAUAUUCUUCAGAGACCUGGGCCCUACGCAAGCAAGAUGAGAACGCUAGUCAGGUCUCCCAAAGAAGAAUAGAAAGAGCUAUGCUUGGAAUAUCACGUUUCACUCAAAUGAGAGAAAAAAUCCGGAGUUCCGACAUUUGUCGACGAUCAAGAAUCAGGGAUGCUGUCUCAUUUGCCAACAUCUCGAAAAUCAGAUGGGCUGGUCACGUAAUGAGAUUUAAAGAUGACCGCUGGACUAGAGCUGUUACUGACUGGAUUCCACGGGAUGUCAAAAGACCGUGUGGCCGCCCACGUACCAGAUGGUCAGACUUCUUCAUCAAGAUCAUAAACGAUCGGUUUGAGGCUCUUCAUGUUCCCAGAGCGAACAGAUGCCAUUGGGCUACACUAGCACACGACAGGGACAAAUGGAGACGUUACUGGCGCCCGCUCGAGCAAAUUGACGACUAA